CCGAUCCAAAGGCCUGGCUCCGGAGCGAUCCCGAACCACCUGUAGCAUCAAGGUCAAGAUUAAGUGGCCUUGGAGGUGGGCAGUAUGGCAGGUAGCUGUACGUGAGAAACAACGCUGCAAACCACUGUCCAUCCAUGAACCUUAGGCUGGUCCAUCAGAUAACAUGGGAAGACAAGGUGCCACAGCUUCUGGCUUGACUCUCUGCCUUGUGUUGCUGUGUUGCCAGUGCCACAGCUUACCCAUUUGUGAGGGUGUAGAAGAUGAUACACCACUCCACCUGCUGUCCACAAAGACAGGAUACUUCAAUGCCCACAAAGAUGGAAGCCAUUGGGAAAAAUACUCUGAGGCAGUGCGUGGCUGCUCAGCAAAGCAGGUGUGGCUGCUGGCAAGGCAUGGCACGCGCUUCCCCACUGCCAAUGACAUGGGACACUUGGUGAAACUAUUGCCACCUCUCAGCCAGAGGAUCAGGGAUAACCAUCGUCAUGACAGAGGCUGCCUUAAAGAGCGUGAUGUGUCUCAGCUAACAGACUGGUUUCCUCCCUUUGAGCUGCGUGACAGAGAGCAGUUACAGGAAAUGGGGCAUGACGAGAUGGCUUCCAUUGGCACACACUGGCGUGAAUUCCUUCCUGAUCUAUUCGAUGUGGAUUUUGAUUCCAGCUUGUUCAAGAUUGAUUUUACUGUCAAAAAUCGCACAGAGCAGAGUGCAUACCAUUUUCUGCGAGGCAUGUUUGGGGAGGACACAGUGGGCAACAUUGAACUACCAAAAGCCUACAGCCCAAACUUUAUUUUGAGGUUCUACAAGGCAUGUCCAAGGUGGCUGCAGGAGGUCUACAAGAACAAUGAAACUACUUACAAAGAGCGUUGGUUAUUUACUGAAACAGAACACUUCAAGAAAAUGGUUCAUGCAGUCAGUGCCAGGCUUGGUUUUAUGCAUCCUCUGUCCACAGAUGAGGUGGUUGCAAUGUACGACGAGUGUCGCUAUGAAGCAGCUUGGUGGCCACAGCGGAAGAGUGCUUGGUGCUCAGCCUUCUCCCACUAUGACUUUGAAGUAAUGGAAUACCAUCAGGACUUGAAGUACUACUAUGAAGACAGUUUUGGUCAUCCCAUGAAUGGAAAGACCGCUUGCCAAACCCUGAAUGACAUACGCAAACUAUUUCAGCAUGCAGUUCAAAAGGAUGGAGAGGUCAAGCCAAGAGGUGUGUUCUACUUUGCUCAUGAUAAGACUGUGUUCAAGGUCAUGGCCAGUCUGGGUCUAUUCCGGCCACCCCAGCACCUGCGUCAUGACAACUUUGAGGACAUGAGGAACAGAGUGUGGAGGACCAGCUUCAUCUCGCCCUUUGCUGCAAACCUGGCAUUUGUUCUCUACAAGUGUGAGCCAGAAUACAAGGUUGCUCUGUUCUUCCAAGGGGAGCCGGUACCUAUAGGUGAGGCCUGCCAGAGAACUGUGUGUGCUUGGGAGGAAUUCCAGCGCUGGCUGAAGGAAAACCAUCUCUCCUGUGACCUCAAUGCCCUCUGUAUGUUGAAGGAUGAACUCUAGUGAUAGAGUAAUAGGAUGUUUUGAGUAAAUAUCAAUUCCUGGACAUGCUCUCUGGAAUGAAAGGAAGAUAAGGUUGUGGAGGGGCAGGAGAAUUAUCUUGUAAUCUCCCAACACUUAACGGGUUGAAUGGUCUGCUUAAUGCAGUUAUUCUUCAUGUGAAGAAAACAGGCUGUGUAUUAAUUUAUUUCAAAGAUUUUUCUGAGUGUUAAUUUUAAGCAAGUGUAUUAGAGAUCAUUUUUAAUUCAGAGUAUAUUACGAGUUCUACAUUAAAUAAUUUAAUUCAAAUAAUUUAAUUCAAAGUUUAUUAUAAGCUCUACAUUAAUAAUCAUUUGCACCAAUGCUUGAGCAUAGAUUGUCAAACAGUAGAUGGUUUUGAGAUCACAGUUCAUGCUGGCAUGGACAGAUGUUCAGUUUUCAGUGCCACUUUUCAAACUCUUGCUAACAUUAAAUGUCACUGAAAAUUGCGUUUAGGUAUCGUGACCCCAAGUUUAUCACAGGGUUGCUUCAGAGGCAAUUGCAAAUGUCUAAAAUCCACAUUAUAUUAAAGCUCCCCUUGAAAAAAAAAGUAAAGGCAAAACAGAAUGAGUUUCCAUUUUACAGUAUUAAUGUAAUAGUGAAAUUCACUUGUAUAUUAGAAAUGCUCCAUUGUACAGUAUAUACAGUAUUUAGUAUCCACGUGUUUGGUGAUGUACUACUUUGAGAAAGUUAUGUACAUCACUUACAUGACAAAGCAGGUGCUCCCACUUAGGUGGUGCCCUCCCCCAGACUGCAGAUAGCAAGCUGUUUUUCUUAUCCAGUUAUAUUUUCAGGUGCAUUAAUUAUCUGCAAUAAGAGCUCUUUUACUCAUGGCCUCAAAGAUAUUAAUGCACAGAUCUUGAUUUUUAUAUGUUUACCUAGUUUGUGAUUGUAAUCUAGUCCAGUGAUAAUGAUCAGAAACUCCUUAGGCUGCCUUCACAUGACUUUUUUUUCCAGCACUGUAGAAUGAUUGCACAGGUAUGUAUUUGAAUAAGCAUGUCUUCACUUUCAUGUCUUUCUCUGUGUAGUUUGUCUACAGCAGUGCACAGAAUACUUGUCAGUUUGUUCAAGAUGGAGGAUAUAAAGAAGAAAAUGGCAUCUAUAUAUCGAAUGAAGAAUAGUGGACCCACCCACUAAGCAGCUCUAGGCUUCCCCAAGGAGCAUUCUGUACAUUAUAUUAUGGCCUAAAAGUUAAGGAAGAUGACUUGCCAUGAACAAAAUAUAUUCAGUGUAUCAUUGGUACUAGUUUAAUAUUUUUUGGUGAAACUAUCAUUAUCAACAAUGUAAAAAAAAUGCAACAACUUCUACAUGAUAACCACCACCACUACUGACACUCUAGUUUUAGUGAGACUAUUAUUAUGUAAAAAAAGGCAUCACUUAACUUUACGAUAACAACCACCACCACCACUGACACUUGGUGAAAAACUUCCCUUCAGAAGGACUUCUUAAAUUUGUAGUGUUCUAAAGCACCUGGUGCCAUGCUGGUAAGAAGUGCAUACCUACAGUAAAUCAUUGCCACGAGGGAAUUACUUACUAUGCGAGGUGGUUCAGAAUACUUACUGCAGAAGUCUAUGGAUCCCUUCAGGAAUUUUUUUUUUUUUUUUUUUACCAGCAGUGGUGGUUCAUUAGUUUCAUUACUGUAUUAGCAGAGGUACACUAUUUAAAAUAAUGGUUUUACAGAGCAUAAUGAGAAGUCACCAUCAGCUUUCAGGUCACAUUAUUGCUCCUUAGAGAAGUCUACAGCUGUUUAUUGCUCUUCUGUGUCUA